AUGAGUUCUUCUACGAUUACAAAUAUUAUUCUUCUUAGUGAAAAAUAUACACUCUAUACAAAUUAUCUUAUAUUCAUUAUUGGAAUUAUUGGAAAUAUUCUUAAUAUUCUUGUUUUUACGGGUUUGAAAAUCUUUCAAAAAAAUCAAUGUGUUUUAUAUAUUAUAACCGAAUCAAUAUCAAAUAUAUGUCAAUUGAUUAUAUUCUUUCUUAUACAUUUAUUAAUGCUCAUAUAUAAAAUUGAUCCAACAAAUUCAAUACUUUUCUGGUGUAAAUUUCAUGCCAUGAUGAUUGCAUUAUGUACAUUAAUAUCAUUUUCUGCAAUAUGUUUUUCUGCAUAUGAUCGAUAUAUUUCAACAAGUCCUCAAUUUAAUUUAAGAAAAUUAAGUACAAUUAAAUUGACUGAAAUUCUUAUAUUUACAACUAUGAGUAUUUCACUAUUACAUAGCAUUCCAUUUUGUAUUUUUAUGGAAAUUCGAGAUUCUGUCUGUAGUGUUUUCAAUCCGAUGAUGUCUCGAUAUUUAUCUUGUUUUUAUUAUCCAAUAUUAUCUGGAAUUCUACCUAUUUUUAUAGCAUCAUUAUUUAGCAUCUUAGCAUAUCGUAAUGUUAGACGAAUAGUUCGACUUCAAAUGCCAAUAGUUCGCCGACAACUUGAUCAACAAUUGACAGCAAUGGUCCUUGCUCGUAUUAUUGUAUUUGUUAUUUUAACAUUACCUUAUGCUCUUCAAAGAAUGUACAUAUAUCUUCCGAAGGUUGGUAAAUCGAAUCUUUCGCGAAUUGCAAUUGAUAAUCUAUUAGGAAGAAUUAUGAGUUCAUUUUUCAAUCUAAAUUAUGCGGUAAGAUCUUUCAAACCAUUUUUACCAUUACUACAUUGUACUCGACUACCAGUCGUACAAUUAUGGGCCGUAUGGGCUAUUCAUCAUGUCUGUAGUACAGAUCGUGCUCGAUAUAGUAGAAUAAUUCGUGAAGAAAAAAUUUAUGACAUAAUGCAAAAAUUAUAUGAUGAACAAUCUCUAUUUGAAUAUCCCGAUCUAUUGAUGAUUCAAUUAUUGAAAUCAAUUCUUCAUUUUCUUAAAUCAUAUCAUUCAAAUCGUCAUCAAUUUUCUUCUGCAGUUGCUAGUUAA